AUGUUUAGGCCUUGCUCUAAAUCUGAUAUCUUGUUUGAUCUACAGAACCUACGAAAUUUAAGCCUCUCAGAAGACUUUGAUACUGCCAAUGACCACAGCUUCUCCAGUCCUCAGAGGAGACACUCUUGUGCCCCUGAACUGUGUGAUGAAACUCGUUGGGUUUUCUCGAGAUCCUUGGAAUUUUGAACCACCUCGUGCUCCCUUUAGAGCAGAUCGGUCAGUUAGCCUUACAGAAGGACCCCGGACUGCACUACCUCCACCUCCGGGGUUCCCACCACUGAAGGCACCCCUGCCUGCUCUCCCUGCUCCUUCACCUCGUUACAAGACGGAGUUAUGUCGCACCUUUUCUGAAACGGGGACCUGCAAGUACGGCUCCAAAUGCCAGUUUGCUCAUGGACAGCAGGAGCUAAGAGAACCAAACCGUCACCCAAAAUACAAGACAGAGUAUUGCCACAAGUUCUACUUGUACGGAGAGUGUCCAUAUGGGUCUCGCUGCAACUUCAUCCACCACCCAGCUGAACAAGGAGCUUCCCACCAGCAAGUUCUGCGCCAGAGCCUCAGCUAUACAGGUGUACCAAUGCGAAGAGGGUCACCUCCACCACCAGGCUUCCCAGAUCCUUCUUCAUUCUCCAGAGCUCCUUCAGUAUCUCCACCACCCUCAACAGACAUGCUUUUCUCUCCUGCUCCUCUUGAGACCAGAAGCCAUGUUUCCACCCUCAAAGGAGUGGACUCAUGCUCUCGCUGUUGCUCAUGUCGGUGCUCAAGAGCUGGAACCCUUCCUCAAGAUCCCUUCGGAAACCCUGUACUUUUCCGCACACCUUCCUCCAGUUCUCUUACUGAGAAUGAGUGCUAUAGCAGUGGGUCAGAGUCUCCCGUCUUCGAAGUGUCAAGUCAAGUGACUUCCACCAAGAGAUUGCCAAUCUUCCACAGGCUGUCCGUCUCUGAUUGA